AUGAACAACGACCAACGUCUUGUAUUUGUGAAUCACAUACGUGAUGCUGCAAAAACUGUCCGACCUCAAGGUCUCAAGCCUCAGAGUCCCAAUGCCUUGACCCAAAGGGAGGAUGUCAAGCACAUACCUGCCUCAAUCGACUUGCAGGGCUUUAAAAAUGAAGUAGUCAUAUCAUUCUUCGUCAAAAACCUAUUCGUCUGGAUCAAGUCAUCCCUCGAAGACGAAUCGCCAAUCCUCAAUAUUUUCUCUGGCAAGGCAGACUCAACAGCAGGCAUGUCAGGUUUAUGCGUUGCAGAAGCCUUCUUCUCGACUACGCACUCCAUACCUGAAAUGAAGUUCCAUGCUUCUGAACUGUACGGAAGAGCGGUCCAAAAGCUGAAAACCGAUCUUGGAACGAAGACGGAAACCUCGAGGUCUCUGCCUCAUGCCACAAUAUGGAGUGCACUGUUCCUUGGUGUAUAUGAGAUGAUAUCUUCUGAUUCCAUGUCAAACUGGCUACAGCACUGCCAUGGAGUUGCGGCACUGACGGAAAUGACGGGACCUUAUGGUUUUCAGAUGGAUGCGGCAAAGGCCAUUCUGCAAAUCAACAGAUCAUUCAUAUCUAUCGGCGCUAUGGCCAACCGAAAACGCACCUUUUUGGAACAGGAUGAGUGGAAGCAUAUACCAUGGGCAUUGCAACCCAUGUCCAAGACGAUUGGGGAUUACCUACAAGACAUUCUAUGUGACAUCCCUGGCAUGAUGGAAGACGUCGAUCAUCUCUUCAAUACGAAUGAUUGCCAGGUGUCUGCAAAUUUCAUAAGUCAAAAGCUGCAGGGUUCUUUUGAGCAACUCAACUCUUUACGAAUAUCGUGGAACUUCAUGCAUCCUCAUAGUUGCUGGAGACAAAAGACGGUGCGCGAAUUCUCAGAAAUUUACCAUGGUACAGUCGAGCAAGUCCUAUGGUUCUCUGACCUAGAAACGGCCAUUGAAUUUGUCUACUUCAACACAACUCACUUGAUACUGCAUUCAAUAUUGGGGCAGUUGAUGUCCUUGCCAGACACCUGUUGCGUCUUCGAUGCAGGCAUGUCUCCCGACGAUAACCAAUUUCUAGAGGCAUCUGAACUCGUGUUCUGGAACCAUGAGGAUCGGUACCGGAACGCACAGGCGAUAUGCCAAUGCGUUGAUUAUAUGUUGCAGAACGAAGGCGGUGCAUCAGGAGCGUUCAAUCUGCUAUUCCCACUGAAAGUCGCUUAUAAUCACCUCAGCGGUUUUCCAAUCAUGCAAAAAUGGGUUGCAGGAGUUAUGGAAAAGAUAUCUACCACGAAAGGACUUUUCAUCGCGGCGCAGAUUCUAGAGAAAUAUUGA